UGUCAGUUAAUUGAUUGGUGUGUAUUUGUUCUGAUUAAUCUAUUCGAAUUAAGUUAAUUUUCAUUUUAUUGUUUGUCGUUUGUGAGGAGGGUUGUUACUUAUUUGAGUGUGAAAACAGUGUGGUAUUUUACAUAGCUUGUAGAUUGAAAUACUUAUACAAAUAAGUCUUUAUUUGGAUAUAACCUACUGUCGUGUUCAUACUUAUCAUGAAAUUAAUUAUUUUUACAGCAUGUUUGGCAGGACUGGUUCUUAGUCAAAAUGAAGAUCUUCAGGACUUAACUAAACGAGUUAAUGAAAUCCCUGGAUUUGAAAACUUCAAUCAAAGUAGUUUUCUUUCUUCAGAUACAGUUGACCUUAUCAAGCAGAAAUGUGAAAAGAAUGGGGGUGAAGCGAACAUUGAUCUUAAGUUUCAAUCAAUCAGAGACGAACUGCAGGCGUGCAUCUCUGACAAUUUUAAUGUAACACAAAUUCAGGAAGAAGUCGAAAAGGCAAAGUCAACUGGGUCCAUGGACGAAGUGUUUGCCAAAUAUUGCGCCAAAAAAGAAUUGGUGUACAAUUGUGUUAGCAAUUUAACAGAAACGGUUAACAAAUGUUUAGAUGAUGAAGAAAAGGAAAGUAUGAAACUGUUUUUAAAUGUUACAGACAGCUUGGCUAAUUUUGUUUGUUUCAAGGAUGGCGAUAGGAUUGCCAUGUUCAUAGCAGAAGGGGGUGUAGAGUGUUUGAACAGCCAAAAUGAGCCCAUCCAACGGUGCGUUAAUGAAACAUUUGGCUAUCUGUUUCCACAAGAAAUGAACAUCAACAGCUUGCCAAAAUUGAUAAUUAAAGCUCAGCAUUGUAGCGAUUUUACGAAGUUACAAAAGUGUGUAGUAGAACAACUGGAAAACUGCAAAGAUAAUACACCUGCCAACAUUGUCGACGCCCUCUUCAAGUUCAUAAGACGAGUGACCCCCUGCAAAAACCAGCCAACUGCUGCUGAAAUUGUUGGAGAACGACGAUUUGAGAAAACAAGUGAUAGCAGCAGUACAGCAAUAUCCAUCACAUUUAGUACGAUUUUAAUCUUUUUAACUUUGAUAUUUUCUCGGUAUGUAUAAGAUAUUACAGAUAUUUAUAUGUAAGUUUAAAUCACUUGUGCCAAUCGUACAAUAUUAAUUUAAAGAAGUCGGCAAAUAAUUAGCCUAAUGAUGAUGAUGAUGCUUUUGCUGUAACAUAAUUUGUAACUACUACGACGAUUGUCAAUUAAAGUAAUUCAUGUCUCACCUGCAUAUAUAUGCAAUUAUUUAAGUUUUUUGUAUCUAAAUUUGCACUUUAGUUUUUAUUGUAAAUAUUAAACUAUGCUGCAUUUUUUUCAAUUGAAUUUUUGGGUGACCAAGUCUUCUAGUGUUAAUAAACAAGAGUUGAAAUAUCAUAACAAUGGGUGUAAUCUUACAUAAAAAUAUUUAAUUAUUUCUAACAGGAAUGCAAUCUUCUUUUUGUCUAAUAAUGGGACGCAUAAAUUGUAAUAAAAUAGACAAAAAGGGGAUUUCAAUAGAAUAGAAAAAUUUAUACAUUUUUGUGUUGUAUCUUAUCAAGUGGUUUUGUUUCCUUUGAUAAUUUCCUAGUUUGUAAUUCGACAGGAUUUAAAUUGGUUUCCUUUAGUUACUUCAUAUCAAAUAUUAAUACAUAUUUUAAGCUUUUAUUCAGUUUAUUGAAAAUAAUU